UACUGUCUUUACCUUACAGUAGACCUAUCAGAGCAAUGGCCCACACUUUUAUACCACUGGUGUUGAUGUACCUUCUUCCAUUAUGUACCGGACAACUGAGCUGCAGAAACCGAUGCGGAGAAUCGUACCAUCGCGGCAAUCGCUGCCAUUGCGACUACAGCUGCGUCGUUCACAGUGAAUGCUGCGGGGAUUAUGAGUCUUCGUGCACCACGGGAGACUCGUGUAAAGGGCGAUGUGGAGAGUCCUUCAAGCGAGGCAGACAGUGCCAUUGUGAUGCUAAGUGUACGCAAUAUAACCAGUGCUGCCCUGAUUAUGUGGGGAACUGCGGUAAAGUGGAAUCUGCCGACGCCGGAUCCACUCCCAGUCCAAAGAAUGAUGAAGGCUACGAGCCCCCAAAGCCGAACACCCCCAGGACGGAUUUGACGCUCGAGAGCACGGCUGUCCCCCAGAGCUCUGAGCAGUACCUUCAGGAUGCCUCCGGCGUGGACUCGGGCUCAGUUCCAAGGGACGGGGAUGGAUCCUUGCAGGAACAUCAGUCUGCAAGUUCUCCAGAAACAACUACGCUUUCCAGUGACAGAGGUGUGACUGCCAUCUCCGCAACAGGCAACCCAGCAGCCCGGACCACAGCGGCCCCUGCUGAUGAACCCUCUGAUCCUGAAACGUUCACUAAAGAGAAUGACCCUGAUGUCAAUAUGAGCUCUGGGGGAGGUGAGAACUCCCCCAGCGCUGAGCCCUCAGGUCAGGUCCCUGAGGGCAUAGAGGAGGUAACUCCUGAUCCUGCUCUUGGGUCAGGGAGCUUUGUGUUCACAGAAAAACCUACGGACGCAGAUACGCAGAGAUCGGACACGCGGGGGUCGGACACUCCAUCUUCUGAAAAAUCUGUAGCAGGAACAGCGCCAGCUGAUCAGAAGUUAGAUGAAACAAACUCUGAGGAUCCUGCAAAUGGAACAUUAUCACAGAUGGAGAGUUUACAUAAUCCAGACUCCAUCUCUUCUAAAGAUGGAAAUCUAGCUCCCUUGAGCUCAGAUGAUACACACAACCCCGAGACCACGCCUUCAAAUGAGAAAGCAUCUCCCACACCCCAACAGCCCACUACUCCGGGAAGCUCAGUUCCUAAUGCGUCACCGGACACGGUGAACAUUUCGAGUGACGAAUCUAAUGACACCUCCCCCACGGAAACCCCACCCGCCGAAGUGGAAUCUCAGACAGAACCUGUACUCUCUGUGGAUGCCAGCACCCCUCGGCCCGAACGUCCUGCUGCUGACCAGCCAGCCACAGCUGAUGUUGAGCAUCAGGAUGGAAGAGGAGACUCUGGGGACCCCAGUACUGUGGCUGUGGACCCAGUAGCCUUCACUGGGAAGCCUAGCAAACCUGAAAUGCAGACAAUCGGCACAGAGGCCCCAAAAACAGACGAUCCCACCGACUCCGAGCACCUGGCAGACAACAGUAAUGGCACCGACCUUUGCGACGGACAGCCCAUCAGCGGGCUCACAACUCUCCGCAAUGGGACAAUCGCCGUUUUCCGUGGUCACUACUUUUGGAUGCUGGAUGACAACAGGGUACCGGGUCCUGCCCGUAGUAUCAGAGAGGUCUGGGGCAUCCCAUCUCCCAUAGACACGGUCUUCACCCGCUGUAACUGUCAAGGAAAGACUUACUUCUUCAAGGGAAACAAUUACUGGAGGUUUGAAAAUGACGUCAUGGACCCUGGUUACCCUCAAACAAUCUCCACGGGCUUCAGUGGACUGGCUGGCAAGAUCACCGCUGCCUUGACCGUACCGGAAUACGGGCGGCGAUCAGAGUCUGUGUUUUUCUUCAAACAAGGAGGCCUGCUACAGAGAUACGGCUUUAAAUAUGGGACAAGCCCAACCUGUGGCCAGAGACCCAGGUACAUGGUAGUCACUGUCAGGAGCAGACAUGCCCGACAAGCAGAAGAUGGCCUUGAGAGGGAGAUUAAAAUAACAUGGAAGGGAUUCCCUACUCUGGUGACAUCUGCCAUCUCUGUACCCACUCCCAGGAAACCAAACGGCUAUCACCACUACAUCUUUUCAAAGACAAAAUAUUACAACAUCAAGGUCGAUGGCGAUCAACCAGCCUUGGCCUCACCAGAGCCUUCACAACCUCAGGAGAACUCUGCAAAGAGCUGGUUCAACUGUCCCUGAAUGUCCUUGCCGAAAAGACAAAAAUGAACAGACUGAAAUUCUAAACUUUUUAAUUUUUUAAUAAAAACACAACAUUGCUUUGCAGGGAUUAUUCCGAAACCCUUAAGAGUACAAUAAAACACACAGCUAAAGCAAAAACAAGAUUUCAGUAUAUUAUGAACAGCACGCCUCGGGCAAUGGCAGCAUGGCUAGAUCCAUUUCCGGCUUCACCUGGCGAAUCGACCCCUUAUUCCCAUUACACCUGAAGACAGAUUAUAUAUGCAAGUAAAUGACCAAAACCAGAAGUUAAAAAAUGUAUAAAAGAAACUGAGGUGGAUUUGUGCAGUUUGCUGCUGUCCUCUGAUGUACGAGUUGUAACUUUUUUCCAUUUUUGAUUAAAAUGUGGAACCUGAA